GAGCAGGCUGCUGAGGAGGAUAAGUUCCUUUGCCUCAAGGAGAACCGUUGGGUUCCUAGGAGUGAGAAGUCCAAGGGGCAGAACCAGGCCGACUCAUGCGAAACAUGCGUUGCGAAUUACAAAGGCCUCACCCGCCGUUGGGCCAAGGACAAGAAGCUUAAAACGUGGUGGGCUGACAAGGCGCCGCAGGAGAAGGAGGAGUGGUACUGCAGCCACAAGGAUGCCACGGGCGCCGUCAAGCGCACCGCGGGGUCGCGGCUGAAGAUCACGACUGGCAGGGUCAAAGAAACUGGAAAGGAGGAGCGUAAGCGUGUCUGGUGGCAGCCAUGCAGCAUUCGGUGCGGAGUGGAGUACAUGACGAAGCACCCGAACUGGACACAACGGGACUGCUGGCAGGAGUGGCAGAAAGAGCUGAUGUCCGAUGGUGUGAUGAAGAAGAAGAAGAACGACAGAGGUGAAUGGCUGAUCGGCGAGUACCAGGGGGAGAUGGAGGACCUCGUCGACACCGACAAGUUCCAGCAGGUGGUGGCCUCGGACUCCAUGGAUGACGUUGAUGCUGCCAUGGAGCUCCUGCAGCAGGCUGGGAAUGCUCGCGACGCUCACGCCCAGAGCUCAUCCUGGUCUGGAUUGGACAUGCCAGCGAGGGCGAAUCCAGAGGGACUUUCGAACGUACCUGAUGAGAUGGUCGCUGGCGUCUUGGAACGCAGUGUAUCCAUGCACGACGACCGCGACAACGAGGACUUCCUCUCAAUGGUGGGGCAAGCGCAGGCAGCGAAGCGCAGCUACGACGAGCUCCUCCUGAGCGACAGCGCAGCUGCAGCAGCCUAUGCUGCGACGCGGCCAGAGCAGGAGCCCGCUGAAGGCAAAUCGAAGGAGGCUGAGCUGCUGGCGAUGAACGGCAAUAUCGAUGCCCAUCUGGUGGCGAUUGCGAACAAGUUCUCCGCCGCUGGGCUGGAUGCCAAGUCGUUCAUAUCCUACCUCGCCAACGAGGUCGAGAAGGGGGAGUCGUUGAACACAGACGUCGAGGCCAUGUUCACCAAGCUCAAGACCUACGUCUCCCAGCUGCCUGGGGAGGUGCAGAAGGUGUCCGAGGAGUGCAAGGCCCUUGCCAAGGCGGAGAAGCCCGACUCGGGUAAGAUCAAGGAGGAAUUGAAGCGUGUAGCCACCGAGUACACCAAGCAGGAGUCCACCUUCGGCCAGAUGCAGGCAGCCUUGAAGAUGCUCAAGAUGCGCGUCGGGUUCCAGUCGAGGCUGGCCAAGAGGAUCAAGCUUCGUCGGGGUAUCGCUCAGGAGGACCUGACGGCCACGGAACACAGCGCACGUUUCCAAUUCGUUCUGUCCCACCUCAAGCAGAACCAGAACAUCGCCACCACGUGGGACGCUGUGCUGCAGGGGAAGCCGGCCAUCCUUCAGCUCGACGAGGCCAGCCAGGCCGAGGCCAAGAAGGGCGCAGCCUACAAGGCAAUGCUCAAGUGGUUCUCUGCGCAGUUGGAGAAGCAGGAGUACGGCAAGCAGGGUAUCCAGGCUGCCGUCGUGAAUCAGAUCUCGAAGGCGCUCUUCAACAAGGUGGGCAUGCCGCGUGAGUUCGAGAAGCCGUUGCGCGCCCGCAUCCCCGUGCCUGAGGCGACGUGCAGGGAGGUGGGCAAGUGGAUGCUCUACCAGGGCGUGGAGCAUCACACCGUCGGGAUGCCCACGGCGUAUGGAUUGACAGAGCAGAGGCUGCUCUUAGAGGGGAAGGAAUUGGUGAUCGGGUUAUCCUUCGUCGUCUUGGCGCGCCCCCUGAAGGAGGCUAUGGAGGAGCUGGAGACUUCUCCUGGCAUUGACCUCGUGAAGGCAGCCAGCGAGGCCCCCAAUUUCAUGGUGAUCAUUCCUCCGUGGCACAUCGUUACACUGCCCGCGGGCUACAUCUACCUGACGUUCCGCAUGGAGGAGACCAUGGGCAUCAAGUGGAACACGUUCAACAUGGUCGGCGAGUCCUGCGGUGUAGGUCAGGGGGCAUGUCUGGCGCACCGUUGGUGCAGCGCUCUGCUCGAGGCGUACCCUGCUCUUGUCAAGGGCUCGCCGCAGUGCGUGCAGAUCCUGAAGGCCUGCCAGGCGAAGUUUGGCACGUCGACGCCGCAGAGCAAUGUGCCGAUGGCCAUCCUCGGCGGUGGCGAUG